AUGGAAUCUCAUAAGCAAUUGGCAGAUGCAGGUUACGAUGUCCAUUCCUUUGGUACAGGUUCAGCAGUAAGGUUACCAGGACCAUCCAUUGACAAGCCAAACGUUUACAAUUUCGGUACGCCCUAUGAAGAUAUAUAUCAAGAUCUACUAAGUCAGAAUGCAAGAAAAUUGUACGAGCUGAAUGGAGUUUUGCAUAUGUUGGAGAGAAACAAGAGUGUCAAGAUGGCUCCGGAAAAAUGGCAAGAAAAUGCUUAUGCGGGCAAAUUCGACUUGGUAAUAACUUGUGAGGAGAGAUGUUUUGAUAGUGUUCUUGAAGAUCUAAUGCUUAGAAUGUACAAUACCAAUUCGCAGCUGGACUUGAAAUCAGUUGUGCAUGUCAUUAAUGUCGAAAUCAAGGAUGAUAAUGAAAAUGCCAUCAUUGGUGGUAAAGGUAUCUUAAAAUUAGUCAACAUGAUACACGACUUUAGGAGGAAACAGGAAGAAAAAAAGGCUGAUAUUGAAGAUGAGCUGGAUGUAAUAUUAGAGGAUCAAAUGAUGGGGAUUUUAACGGAGUGGCAGAGAGAUCAUGCGCAUUUGCAAACCUUGUAUAGUGUGUCGUAUUACUAA